GAGCACACUUCUCCAGCGUUCCAGUGGCCAUUGAAGGCUCAUACACGCUCUCUGGUGGUAUCUCUUAUAUACAGUGCAGUGUGUCCAACUUCAUCUCUCGACGAGAUGGUGGUGUACCAUCGUCCCCUGAGAAUAUCUUCAUGACAUCUGGCUCCCAGAGGUCUUUAAUGCUGGUUCUGAAGAUGCUGGUCCACAAUCAGGCCUCACUCCUGACAGGUGUGCUGACCGCUGUGCCCGCCUACUCUUACUUUAAAAUGAUGUUGCAAAGGCUCGGUACAACCGUUGUUCCCUACUACCUAGAUGAGGAGCAGGGUUGGGCAAUGGAGGUGGAGGAGCUACGCAGAGCACUACAGGCCUCUAAGGGUGUCUGCAACCCUGUUGCCCUGUAUGUCAUCAACCCGGGGAAUCCUACAGGUCAUGUUCAGAGCAGGAAGUGUAUUGAAGAGGUGAUCCGAUUCGCUGCUAAGGAGAGGCUCAUGAGGUGUAUCAGGAAAGUAUGUUCAGGGAGGGCAGUGAGUUUGUCUCCUAUAAGAAGGUUCUGUCUGAGAUGAGGCCUCCUCUCUCUCACACAGUGGAGCUGGCCUCUUUCCACUCAGCAUCCAAAGGCUUCAUGGGAGAGUGUGGGCUACGCGGGGGGUACGUGGAGCUGGUGAACCUUGACCCCGCCGUCAUGAGGUACACCUACACCAUCUUUUCCACUGACAUCUGUGCCCCUGUGACUGGUCAGCUAGCCCUGGAGCUCAUGGCUAACCCUCCCAGGCCAGGGGACCCCUCAUACCCGGUCUACGCCUAGGUGAGACCCAUCAAAAUAGAUCAUAAACUACAGUAUGACGUUAGGCUUAAUAGAUUGCAUAUGCCAUGUAACAUUUAGUCAUAAGUAGUUUAAUGAUAGUCCUCUGCAAUCAUUAUUGAUGUCUCUAAAAUAAGAAAUAGUUCAUCAAAAUCAAACAACUUUAUUCCUUUCCCUAUUCACAACGGCACCUCAGUGUCCCAUACAAUAUGCUCUCCCCCUGUCCUUUUCCAUCUUCUCUCCC